AUGACGGCUUGCGAGCUCAAGCCUCUAAGUACACAGUGGCUAUAUGAGAAUGUUCCCCACGCUGACUCCUGGAAAAUGGCUCGUGAUAUUAACGGGUACACCCCGCUUGAAGCAUUGCGAGAGAAAUUGGAGAAAAUGCGAACACGAAAGGAAAAAGGCUUUUUAAGGGUCGUGCACGUAUCGGAUCGCUUUGAAGGAUACCCUAACACCGCGGUGGCCUGUCUCACCUUGUUAUCAGGACAGGAUGCUUUGGGGCUUAACAAUCUAUGCCUCCGAUUCGGGUGUUCAUGCGGAGAGUGCGUAAAAGGACUUCUAUCAGCCCGGAUGAGGAGCUCUCUGAUCCUUCAGGGCGAGUGUCACUACGACCUGUUGCAGGAAGACAUUGACGAUGGUGGCCUUUGGGUUAAUUGGAAUUACUCCAUACUCGAGGAACUCGAGCCCGAUGUGCGAAGAAACCUUAGAACCAACAAAUCACUUCGAAAUGGCUUCGCCAAUAUUUUCCAAAUCGCUGCGGAAUGUCUUAAGGCGAAAAUUGUUCCUACCGUUGCGAAUCUCGAGUGGUACUCUAGGGAUCGGAGCGAGUGGCCACCCUAUACCAAGAGCUACCUGCGACGAGCUGGGACGCAGAUGGGAUGCCGGGCAGUUCUUAGAUACAUGUUUGACAUAGCUCAGGAACAGGAUGAGUACGCAGGUGAUGGAGAGAACCAACAGAUACUGAGGAAAAAAUGGUCCGAACUUCCAACAUGCAGAAACGAUCAUGAAUUUGAAUUUGUUGCCAGGGUUUGUGGCUACGGUAGGGAGAACGAUAUGGAAGACGAUAUGGAGGAUUUGAUUUCGUUGUCAUUAUAG